AUGCGGAGGCUCAGCCCGGGGUUGGUGGCUGGGCGGCGGUGGGUCUGCAGCGCGGCGAUGGAGGAGGGCGGCGCCCGCAGCAUCCACUCGCAGGGCAUCCCCGACACCCACCAGGUGCCCAUGGGGGUCCUCAUCCGGCCCAUCCCGCCCGUCCUGGACGCCGGCAAAGUGGAGAGCCUCAUGCGGACCGUCCAGGAGGAAGCUGAUCGAGUGCCCCCAAUAGACGUCCUCUGGAUCAAAGGCAGCCAGGGGGGUGACUAUUUCUACUCCUUUGGCGGGUGUCACCGCUACGAGGCGUACAAACGCCUCAACAAGGAGACCAUCCCGGCAAAAAUCAUCCGGUCAACUAUCAGUGACUUGCGCACCUAUUUGGGCUCGUCUCUACCCGACCUGCGAUAG